AUGAAAUGGGAGGCUCAGGUUGAACAAGAUCUUGAUAUGAUGCUCAAGAAAGCUAAGGCCGUUAAUGAAAGAUGUUACAUUGAAUUCCAUGAUGUAAAUCAAAAUAUUUCAGAUGAACAAACUAUGGAUGGUAUUGCACUAUUACAUACUAUUCAUAAUAGUUCACGUGAUUUUGUAAGGGCUUCAUCUGUUUCUGGUGAUGACGAUACGUCUCUGAGGUUUUUGAGUUGGGUACACUGGGGCAUGGAAAAGAUAAAUGUUCUGAGCAUAUUAUGGACAAUUUAA